UUGGGCGAUGGCAGAACAGCCGACAACCAGCGUAGAGACGACGACGCCGAUGGCGGCACGGCGCACGCCGUCGGCAGCCUCGUCCCCUCUUGACUUGAAAGUGCAGAUCAAGCACUUGCUCGACUCGCUGGGCACUCGCGCGCAAGACACAGCUGGCCCUGGCGUGGGACGCGCUGCUGCUGCUGCUGGUGGACGGACUGGUCGUGGUCAGUUCCCUGCGCUGGCCGCAUUGGCUGCCGUGCCCGCUGCCCCUGUGCGCACGCUCCCUGCUGGCACUGUGGUCAUUCCAAGCGCAUUGUGCCGACCAUGGGAGCGCGCAGACUAUGUGCAACGGCUUGCCACCUUCUGCAGCAUCCCGCGCUGGUGCGCCAAGCCCGCGCUUCUUGCGCCGCUCGAGUGUGCCCGCUAUGGCUGGUUCAACUGCGAUGUGGACAUGCUCGAGUGUGUCUCGUGUCAUUCGAGGCUCAGCGCACAGCUUUCAGAUUCACCGAGUGAAACCGCCAUUCGAAAAGUCCACACACAACUCUCGCUCAACCACAAGGAUCUUUGUCCGUGGUUGAACAGCAGCUGCCCUGACUCGUUCAAGCAAGUGGUUCUAUCACCGCCCGCAACUGCGUUUGCAGCCUUCUUGGAGCGUUGCACGUCGUUGAUUGGACUUGGCGAAAAUCUUCCAGCAGUCUCUCCUGAAGAUCGUGCGGAAGUGGUCUCAGGCCGUGUAGAAACAUUUAAUCAGCUGGUACAACGAGUUCAAGACGCCCUAGCACAGCCAAGCAUUGCACGCUCGACUAUCGAAAAGGCGGCUCUGUGGGCCUUGUGCAACUGGAGUGCCUCGCGUCUCGAGCAUGCGCCUACACAGCAAGUGCUAUCUUGCAAUAUCUGUCUUCGUCAAUUCGGUCUCUGGAACGUUCCGCCAAAAGAUGUGCAUCACGCUUCGGAUGCUUCCGCGAUGAGCUCGGAAUCGGCAGCACCGGCACCCGCUGGGCAAGCCGCAAACAAGCGCACUUCUGAGGUUGACACCAGUCGUCCCGCCAAGCUUCCUCGGAUGGCCGAGCAAUCGAGCGUCCAUGAGCUCCAGCGACAGCUGUUUGCGGAACAUCGGUGGUACUGCAGUUGUUCCAGCACUGCCGCGCCAACGGUUGCAUCUCGCUUGUUAGAUGUGUUGUGUCCCUCGACCACCUCUCCAGUAUUUCACCGAAACAUGCCUUCUGCGGAUGCCGUCCAUUCCGUGAAGCAAGCUCUGCGUCAGUCGACAGCCAGCAACUUUCUCUAGAAAUCACAGUGAUCUUGCUUGUAACGGAUACAUUCUGUUCAUUAUUCACGACUAUCUUCCA